AAGAGAACCAUCGCUUGAGUGAAAACAUCAGUUGCUUCGUUUCGAGAACUGCACAACGCUUCAGCUAUGCUCCGUGCCUGCCUCAUCCUCGCCCUGGCCUCCUGUGCCUUCGCCGGCUACGUCGGCUACCCGUACACCUACUCCGUGGCGGCCCCGACGUACGCUGCCUACCACGCCCCCUUAGCUGCCGUGUCCACAGUACACCACACUCCGGCUUUCACCUACGGCUACGGAUAUCCAAGCUUCAACUAUGGCCUUGGCAGUUACGGCCUCAGCUACGGCUACGGGCUUGGUGGACUCGGCUACACCACCCUGCUGAAGAAAUGAGAACCAAGGAGAAGACAAGAACGCAAGUUGCAAUAAAAUGUGUUGCAAAAAAAGAA